AUGGCACCUCCAUCAUCUUCCAUCGUCAUCGAACAACCCAUCUUCACCCGCCGCAAACUCCGAGUCGUGGCCAUCGGCGCGGGGUUCGCGAAUUUGAUUCUGGCUCACAAGCAUAAAUUUGGAGAGGGGAAGGGAUAUAUCGACUUGGUGUUGUAUGAGAAGAAUGCGGGGGUUGGAGGAACUUGGUUUGAGAAUAGGUAUCCGGGGGUCAAAUGUAAUAUCUACACCUUUCCCUUCGCCCCGAACCCCGACUGGACCUCCUUUUACGUCGGCGGCCCCGAGAUUCUCGACUACAUCAACAAAACCGCCUCCGACUACCAUCUCAACGAAUACGUGCAGCUCCAAUCCCGCGUCACAUCCGCCAUCUGGUCCUCCGAAAAGGGUAAAUGGGACAUUACAAUCGACCAACAGGGCCACAUCCUCUCAGACGAAGCCGACAUCCUCAUCAACGGCGCCGGAAUUCUCAACCGCUGGCAAUGGCCCUCGAUCCCCGGUCUCGACACCUUCCAAGGUGAACUCGUGCACAGCGCCCAAUGGAACCCCUCUCUCGACUGGACAGACAAAAAAGUCGGACUCAUUGGCAACGGAUCCUCCGCCAUCCAGAUUUUACCGCAAAUCCAACUCAAAGCCAAGUCUGUGGGCACGUACAUCCGCUCCCCGACGUGGAUCAUCCCCAAUUUCCUGGCGGAACUCACGCCUGAGGGGAGGAAUUUCGAGUACACGGAUGAGCAGAAGAGGGAGUUCCGCGAACACCCUGAGACGUUGCAUGAGUUGAGACGGAAGAUGGAACAUGCGAUUAACUCGUACUUCGUGAUGUUGAUGAAGGAUUCCCCGCAGCAACGUGCCGCGAGGGAAAUGCUGACGAAGGCUAUGGAGGAGCAACUUGGGGGCGAUACCGAGCUCGCAGCCAACCUCGUCCCCACCUUUCCCGUCGGAUGUCGACGUAUCACCCCUGGAGAUGGAUAUCUCGACGCCCUCAAAGCGGAGAACGUUACCGUUCACUUUGGCAAGAUCCUAGAGUUCCAGGAAACCGGCAUCUUGUCCCAUCCGAACGCCGACGACGUUCUCCCGCCGGAACUGAACUCCUACGACAUCAUCGUCUGCGCGACAGGAUUCGACGUCUCGUUCGUCCCGGCUUGGGAGAUGAAAGGCCUCAAUGGCGUGGACUUGCGAGCGCUGUGGAAAGAUCAAGCGGAAGGGUACAUGGCCCUCUGCGCGCCGGAGAUGCCGAAUUACUUUAUUUUCAACGGACCGAAUUGUCCGAUUGGACAUGGCAGUUUGAUGGCCUGUAUGGACUUCGCGGCGGACUACAUCCUUCGGUGGUGUGACAAGAUCGCGAGUCAGGGGAUUAAAUAUGUGGUGAUCAAAGGAGAUGUCCUCCGCGAGUUCAACGACUACUCUCAGGCUUGGCUGCAGCGAACGGCUUGGUCGGGGAGUUGUAGGAGUUGGUAUAAGAACCACCAAGAGGAGGGGAGGGUUAGUGCCAUGUAUGCGGGGAGUAUCCUGCACUAUCGCGAGAUGUUGAGGGCUUUUCGGACGGAUGACUUUGAGAUUGAGUAUCUGGAUGGGAAGAAUCGGUUUGGGUUUUUGGGGAAUGGGGCGACCGAGUAUGAGAUGAAGGGAGUGGAUUUGGGGUUUUAUUUGGAGAUGUGA